CUGCCUCUGUGGCCUCAGUGGUACCCUGAGGUCAGACACCACUGCCCAAACACGCCCAUCAUCCUGGUGGGAACCAAGCUGGAUCUGAGAGAUGACAAGGACACCAUCGAGAGGCUGCGGGACAAGAAGCUGUCCCCCAUCACCUACCCCCAGGGCCUGGCUAUGGCCAGAGAGAUCGGGGCUGUGAAGUACCUGGAGUGCUCGGCGCUGACCCAGCGGGGCCUGAAGACCGUGUUCGACGAGGCCAUCCGGGCCGUGCUCUGCCCCCCGCCCGUGAAGAAGAGGGGGAAGAGGUGCACCGUGUUCUGA